AUGUCUUCCCCCUGGUGUCUACCCUGGCCUCAACAGAACUACUGGGGCGAGUUUAACCUCAACGGGCUCAAGAUCGAAGUCACAUCGUCAAAGAGCCACCACGAUAACGAUGAUUCCGCUGAGAUCCCGCGAUACUUCUGGGGCAAGGGUCUCAGGGGCCGUGGCCUGGGGAGGUUCCUCGCUCGGCACUCAAAGCACCCUGUCCAUCGCGGCUACACUGAAGCGCGGAGCCUGAUCGGUCGCGGCACCGUGGAUGAUCUUAGGAGACUUUCCCAUCUUGCGAGCACUUUCGUUAUCGAAGUGUUUGAGGAUGUCGAGGACGCCUCCGGCUCUUCAUCACAAGAAUCCCUGUCGUCCCCGGGAUCGGGACCCAGAGUUACCCAGCUUAAGCUCUCUCCUGAACUAGAGCAGUGGAAAUCGUCGCAACACGCUAUCGGCAAUGUCCUACCGCCCAAGGGCGCUGGCCUGAGUCCGGUUUCACAGGAGAUCCUGCACAUCCUUGGUGCAGAGCACUGGCCCGAGGCGCUCAAGACCACUAAUGCCCUGUUCGGCUGCGGCAUCGCGAGUCUUCUCAUGGGCGCUGCGGAUUCGUCCACCAUGUUCUCCAACUAUGUGACAGACAUGGCCUUCUAUUACGAACACGGAUACAACUACGUCUUCCCUAACCUGGAGCCACUCCUGGAGAAGGGUCUUGACGAUCCUCACGCACUACGCACCCCCGGAGGCCGUCAACGUCGCGACGCCGUGAGUGUCGGCAAGCGGUACAUCCAGGGCAAAAUCGCCCUGGAGAAGAAGCACAAGGAUCACCUCCUUAACCGCUCAGCGCGACUAGAUAGACGCACGGCUCAGAUCGUUUCCCUAUCAGAGAGUAGCUUGCUCGGCAUGGCGGCGGAAGCAACCGCUAGAGGGUUCGACGCUGGCGCUGUCAUGGCCGAUCUCGUUUUUAGCUCGCCAGGUACCGAUGUCGUCGACGUGGGAUGCGAUCUUGUCAACUCGGAGGUGAUGAACUCUUUUCUGAAUGUCACCGAUAUCACAGACACGGGGAUUGUUAGCGAGGAUGUGCUGCGGAAGGUGUAUGAUGCUUAUGCUGUGAUGGGCGCAAGGAUGCUUACCCAACGAUGGCACGAGCCAGUGGCUAGGAUGUGCGCUGCGCUGUAUACUUGGCACAUCCAGAAUGAUCGGCACAUGUUUUUCCGUCGGGCUCUUCUGGGCUGGUCGAAGGCCAGAAAGACGCCCGCUCAGCCUCAAAGUGAGGGUGAUUUCGACGAGGUGUUUGACAAGCAAUUCCGUCUUACUGGGUUCAGCAGACCCCUCGAUGCAAAGUAUACAUGUAACGGCCAAGAUACAUGUGAUCAUGUCCACGAGCAUCUCGAUCGCCACCAAGAGCCUCUUCUCAAGGAACUCUGGUGGUAUCUUGUUACAGGACCUCUUGAAUAUGUCCGUGGCGGGCAAGUCGACGAGGCUCGGGAACUCGAGCUUGCCGAGGGCUCAAGAUUGAGAAUGGCCAAGCUCUUCUCCAAGGGUCGUGUGUUAGAGAUGGUGUGGUUGAUUGCCCAUGCAAACCACCACGCUUGGCAAGUGAACUACUUGUUUGAGGCUGCUAUGUUUGGUAGCAUUCUUGAUGGCGGGAAGUUGAUUGGAAAGCUUGACAGGAAGGAACAGUAA